GGCUCCGAUUGGCUCUUCCGGAGACGACGACGUGGCCCCAGGAGGUCCGUUUGUUUCCUAACCCAGGCUCACGGCACACCUCUCCAGAUUGGUGCUGGGCGGGGCGAGGUCUCUGGCCGGAAGCGGACGUGGAGGAAAGAUGCAGGACCAUCAGCACGUGCCCAUCGACAUCCAGACCAGCAAGCUGCUCGACUGGCUGGUGGACAGAAGGCACUGCAACCUAAAAUGGCAGAGUCUGGUGCUGACGAUCCGGGAGAAGAUCAACAUGGCCAUCCAGGACAUGCCAGAGAGUGAAGAGCUUGCCCAGUUGCUCUCUGGAUCCUACAUUCACUACUUCCACUGCCUGAGAAUUGUGGACCUUCUCAAAGGCACUGAGGCCUCAACAAAAAAUAUUUUUGGCCGGUACUCUUCACAGCGGAUGAAGGACUGGCAGGAGAUUGUGGCCCUGUAUGAGAAGGACAAUACCUACUUAGUGGAACUCUCUAGCCUCCUGGUUCGGAAUGUCAACUAUGAGAUCCCUUCGUUGAAGAAGCAGAUCACUAAGUGUCAGCAGCUGCAGCAGGAAUACAGCCGAAAGGAGGAAGAGGGCCAGGCUGGUGCUGCAGAGAUGCGGGAGCAAUUCUACCACUCGUGCAAGCAGUAUGGCAUCACAGGGGACAAUGUCCGAAGAGAGCUCCUGGCCCUGGUGAAGGACCUACCAAGUCAGCUGGCUGAGAUUGGGGCAGGAGCUCAGUCCCUGGGGGAAGCCAUCGACCUAUACCAGGCCUGUGUGGGUUUUGUGUGUGAAAGCCCCACAGAGCAGGUGUUGCCCAUGCUGCGAUAUGCGCAGAAGCGGGGAAACUCAACCGUGUUUGAAUGGAGGACAGGGACAGAGCCCUCUGUGGUGGAGCGGCCACACCUGGAGGAGCCUCCUGAGCAAGUGGAAGAAGAUGAGAUCGACUGGGGUGACUUUGGAGUGGAGGCCAUUUCUGACUCUGGCAUCUCUGUGGAGACCACUGCAGUGGAUUGGGGCAUCUCCCUGGAAUCAGAGUCAAAGGAUGCUGGGGGCGACAGAAUAGACUGGGGAGACGACACUGCUGCUUCACAGAUCACAGUGCUAGAGGCAGGAACCCAGGCUCCAGAAGGUGUUGCUAGGGGCCCUGAUGCUCUGACCCUUCUUGAAUACCCCGAGACCCGGAAUCAGUUCAUUGAUGAGCUCAUGGAGCUCGAGAUCUUCUUGUCCCAGAGAGCAGUGGAGAUGAGUGAGGAGGCUGACAUCCUGUCCGUGAGCCAGUUCCACCUGGCUCCUGCCAGCCUUCAAGGCCAGACCAAAGAGAAGAUGCUUAGCCUAGUAUCCACACUGCAGGAUCUGAUAGGCCGGCUCACCAAUCUUCGAAUGCAACAUCUGUUUAUGAUUUUGGCAUCACCAAGGUAUGUGGACCGAGUGACGGAGUUCCUCCAGCAGAAGCUGAAACAGUCCCAGCUGCUAGCUUUGAAGAAGGACCUGAUGGUGCAGAAGCAGCAGGAGGCACUUCAGGAACAGGCAGCUCUGGAACCCAAGCUGGACCUGCUGCUGGAGAAGACUAGGGAGCUGCAGAAGCUGAUUGAAGCUGACAUCUCCAAGAGGUACAACGGGCGACCUGUGAACCUGAUGGGAACCUCUCUGUGACACCCUCCGAGCCUUCUGCCCUGCUUCCCAGCCUUCAGGGAAGGCUCUUUGGGCCUUCCCAGAAAGAAGCCAGGCAGACUUGGGAACAGAGCCAUGAGAAGGAAGUGUCACCUGAGGUGAUGUUGGCAUUCACUGCUCUUUGCAAGACACUAUCUUGAUUGGCUCUGUGGCAUGUCAGCUAGAAGCCACAGCUUCUAGUUAUCAAGUUGGGCUUAAUAAAAGAAGAAAAGAUUCA